UUUGGUUUAUGAUUUUUUGUACUCUUUCAUGUUUAAGUUUAUAUAUUCUAGUGUAACUUCUUUUAAAGAACAUAAUUUUACCGUUCGUGAAAUUCUGUUUGCAAAAUAAAUUCAAGGUUUUGAUUAUUUUUGUUUGAAAUUAAAUUCUUGAAUUACUGCAGACACAUAAGAAUUAUAGAACAAUUUCUUCUGAGUAUCCAAAGUUCUGCAUUUCUAAUUAGUAUUAAAGUUCAUCAAGUGCAACCACUAGUAGAUAUGUUAAUUAAUAUUAAUAAGAAAUAAUUUGUAGCUUUGGUUGCAUAACAAUUGAAAGUAACAGUCCAACAGAUCGUGAAGGAGACCAAAACAAGUGAACAGAGUUAGCAGUGCAAGAAAGAGGAAGAAAAGUUGAAACAUUUUCAGACAGUGGCAUGUGGGAAUCUAUUCUAUUAACGGUGGCUGCCACCGCCGGCAACAACAUAGGAAAGAUCCUUCAGAAGAAGGGCACUAUCAUUCUUCCACCUCUCUCUCUCAAACUCAAGGUCAUAAGGGCGUAUGUUUUAAACAAAACCUGGGUGAUAGGUUUUCUAAUGGAUAUAUCUGGGGCACUAUUGAUGUUAAGGGCACUGUCUCUGGCUCCAGUCUCUGUCAUCCAACCAGUUUCUGGCUGUGGACUAGCAAUUCUUUCAAUAUUUUCUCAUUUUUAUCUCAAGGAAGUGAUGAAUGCUGUUGAUUGGGUUGGCAUUACAUUGGCAGGUUUUGGCACAAUAGGAGUUGGUGCUGGAGGUGAGGAGCAAGAGGUGGUAGCUCUAUCUAUUUUUCACAUACCAGGACUGGCAUUUGUUGUUUUCAUCUUGUUUAUACUGCUUAAUGGAUGGCUUCGAAUAUGCAAGCAUCAACGUAGAGAACAAGAGAUGAUGGAAUACGAUGUCGUUGAGGAAAUCAUCUAUGGUUUGGAAUCUGGUAUUUUGUUUGGGAUGUCAGCUGUAAUAUCAAAGAUGGGAUUUCUAUUCCUAGAGCAAGAUUUUCCCAAGCUAUUGGUUCCUGUGUGCAUCAUGAUCAGUGUGUGUUGUAGUGGCACAGGCUUUUACUACCAGACACGUGGCCUAAAGCAUGGGAGAGCUAUUGUAGUUUCUACAUGUGCAGCUGUGGCAUCAAUUUUGACUGGUGUUCUUGCUGGGAUGCUUGCUUUGGGUGAGCGACUUCCUUCUGAACCAAAAGCUCGCUUGGCACUUCUUCUUGGAUGGCUACUCAUCAUUGUUGGUGUGAUUUUACUUGUUGGUUCAACACGGCUAGUGAGAUUCCUUUCUUGCUCUUCACGACGGAAAAGAAGCAAUGUGGAUAAGAAUUAUGGUCCUAGAAGAACCACUUCUUCCCGGGUGAGGGAACCAAGUCCAAGUGUUGUCAUUCAAGCAGCAACAUUAAAUCCUUUACUAUCAUCAUCUUCCAAAGAAAAAGCUUGAGUUGAUAUUAGCACGAUAAUGUUCCUUCAUCUUUCAUAGAAUUUCUAAGCAUCAAGUUGCCUUCUAAUCCGUUUGCCGAGACCAGGGUGUAUUCUGUACAGAGAGCAUGACAUUUUGGAUGAAAUAUUUGUUAACUUCUGAUGAUGCCUUGUGAAAACUAUUCCUGAACUGCCACUCUUUCUGCAUUCGUGGAUUGUAUAAGACACUGAUAUAGCAUAUCAACAUACAGAAUUUGUUUAAUUUUCACUCAAACAAUUUUGAUAAAGAACAGUUUACCCCUAA